CCGUCUUCAACCUCUCUCUUCUUCUUUCAGCUCUAUAUUUUCCUUGCUGGAGUGAUAAGAUUCGACUAAUCAAAAUCAUCAGUCUCGGACUCUCGGUUAACUAGCUAGCUGGCUAUGGGGAACUGCUGUUUGAGGCGUGAUUCUGCGGUUUGGGCCGACGACGACGACGGGUGGGUCAACGUGUGUCAGCUCCACCAGUCGCAGCAGCCGGAAAAGCAGAAGCUUCUCGGUGAGGUUCAAUUCAGAUCUUCUUCAGGUUCCUCCUCGUCCUCCUGUAGACGAAGACCGAGUAGUAGCGGUGGAGAUCAUCAGGAGGUGAAGAUAAAGAUGACAAAGAGGGAGCUGGAAGAGUUGGUGGGAUCAAGAGGCGGCGCUAUGGACGUGUCGACGGUGGAGCAACUAUUGGCGAGGGUGAUGGACGACGGUGAUGAUCGGUAUGACUAUGAGGAGCAUCAACGGCCGUGGAGGCCAGCCCUCCAAAGUAUUCCGGAGGUCGAUUAGUUUAUUACUUUGGUGAUUCUUUGUGUCGGUUCAUUUUGUCGUAUCCUUCUUUCUUUCAAAUUAGUUUAUGUUUCUCAGUAUGCAUGUAGAAAUUUGUUUUAGAGAAAUUUUUUCAUGAAUAUAGUAAAUCCUUAUUUUGGGUCCUUGUAA